UCAAUAAGGAAACACUCACACUAGUUAAGGCAUAUACGGUCGUCUCUGAAAUCCUACCGAUCGCAAUGUGUGGUCCAUGGAGCAGAUAGGUCAAGAAUCAGGAGAUCAGUUAUAGUACAGGAAAAAUUUUGUGGUUUUAAGAAGCUCUUUUUUUUUACCAGAACAUGGUGAUGCAGCGCAGGCGGACGUGUUCAAUGAUACUUUAGUGUGGAAGAAGCUGAAGGAGAGCCCCACGUGUUAAGAAAUGUGAAGCAAAAUAAAUUGCAGGGCCCUGUGUUAUUAUUCUCCCAGACAAACAAGGCUAAGGAGAUGGAGACACGUGCCGCUGGUUGUCUUCAGCAGAGCGAUGGACCGAGGGAGAGCAGAGCGCGACUGUGACUGGGCCCUUCAUGGAGCCCUGAUACCCGGGGCAGACAGCAGGUAAAUGGAGGUGCCGGACAGGAGCCGCUCCCCAUCCCGUAGAACCAGCCGGGUGGAGCAGGUGGUGGGGCGAUGGCUGAGACGGUCCCGAGACCUGGGCAGCAGGUCUCACUCUCUGAGCAGAGACCGGGUUACAUUGGAUGGGAGGUCCGCAGAGUGCAGCGGCUUGGAUCAGAGGAACUACCCUUUCCGCUUCAUCGUCCAGAUCCAACGGGACCCGGACCUCAACUCUCACGGCCUCACUCUGUCCUCGCAGAGCCCCAUCCUGGUGCAGGAGGUGAACCCAGGUGGGCCUGCAGAUGGCCGGCUCGUCCCUGGCGACCAGCUUGUGAAGAUCAAUAACAUUGCUGUCGAUGACCUGACCCCGGAGCAAGCUGCUGAAAUAAUCAGGGAGUGUCAAGAUUCAUUAACAAUGACUGUGCUGAGAACGAUGCUGGGCCCAAAGUCAUCAUUCAUCACACCAGAGAAGAGGGCCAAGCUAAGGUCUAACCCUGUGAAAGUUCACUUUGCUGAGGAGGUUGAAGUCAAUGGACACUCUCAGGGCAACUCGCUGCUCUUCUUGCCUAAUGUUCUGAAGGUGUAUCUGGAGAACGGGCAGACCAAGGCCUUUAAAUUUGAUCCCAGCACAACAGUUAAGGACAUUGUGAUGACUCUCAAGGAAAAGCUUCCUCUGAGCCGUAUUGAACACUUCUCCCUGGUGCUGGAGCAGCAGCACAGCAUUUCCAAACUACUGCUGCUACAUGAAGAGGAGCGGAUACAGCAGGUGGUCCAGAAGAAGGAGGCCCACGACUUCAGAUGUCUGUUCCGCGUUUGCUUCAUGCCCAAAACCCUGCAGACGCUGCUACAGGAGGACCCAGCAUCCUUUGAGUAUCUCUACCUGCAGGGAGUGAAUGACGUGCUGCAGGAGCGCUUUGCAAUAGAAAUGAGGUGCAACACCGCCCUGCGACUUGCUGCGCUGCACAUUCAGGAGAGAUUGGCAAGCUGUGGACAGUCGACAAAGACCAACUUAAAGACAAUUACGAAGACGUGGGGCAUAGAGAACUUUGUGUCAUCCACCUUGUUGAGGAACAUGCGAGAGAAAGAUCUAAGGAAGGCCAUCGGCUACCACAUGAAGAAGAGCCAAUCACUCAACGAUCCCAAACAGAAGGGUCUGUCGGUCGAUCAGACCCGGAUAAACUACCUGGAGGAGCUGAGUGAGCUCAAGUCCUUUGGAGGGAAAUCCUUCAGUGCCACCAUGAUGCUUCAGGACAGGGAGUCGAUGGUGACCUUGUUGGUGGGGGCACGCUUUGGGGUGAGUCAGGUGGUCAACCACAAGCUGAGCAUCCUAUCCACGCUCACGGAGUUCACCAGCAUCACACGCAUCGAGCUGCUGCCUGAAUCCGACAAGGUCAGCCUGGUCAAAAUAUACCUGCAGGACAUCAAGCCCAUCACAUUGCUGUUGGAGUCAACGGCUGCCAAAGAUAUGUCCUGCCUAAUAGCCGGUUAUUGCCGAGUGUUUGUUGACCCAAACCUCAACGUCUUUCCCUGGAUGCAUAACUCCAAGAAGCAUCGAGUGUCUGCUGAGGAAGGUUAUGUGUCACGAUGCGGCAGCGACUCAGACACCUCCUCCGACUUGGACAUGGAGGAGCUGGUCACCUUGGUGUCUUGUGACGAGCGGUCCGGCCAUCGUGUCAGAUCCUCAUCGGACCCGGAGGGAAGAAAAAGAAAAGAUCGCAACAGAAGGAGAAACAAGGAUGGCAAAGAAAAGGGAGCUAAACCUUGGCAGGAUAAAAAGCAGAAGGAAGAGAAAGAUGCUGACACGGAAAAGGAGAAGUCUCCCCCAGAUAAGAAUAGAGAGAGCGAGGACACAGUGCACAAUGAGGAGACAGAAAGAGGGCAGGAUGGUCCGCAAGCUCGGACGGAGAUAGCCGACAAUGCCUCUGGGGAACAGAAAGGACAAGAAGGUCGGGAUGAAGUGCGCGCAGCAGAGGAGCAGCCAUCUUUAUCAGAAGCGUCGGAUUCGUGGAACAAUGACUCUCGUGCCAUCACCAGCCCCUCCUGCGACUCCCUCGACGCUUUGGAGGAAGAUGACUUGGUUUCGUGUUCUUCCUCCUCCUUCCACUCCAAUGCUCCGCCGCAGAUUCACAGCCACUCUCAGGGGCACGUUCAGCCGCACCUCCUCGCCCCUCCACCAGCGCACGUCCACCCUCUCGUCCACCUCAAACCUCAACAGGGACAGGGACAGGGCGGCAGGAGGUCGGGCGACGGCGCUGAUCCCCAGCUCCUCGCGGCGGCGUCCCCCUGUGCGAGCCUUCGCCGCAUGCAGAAAUAUUCAGGUAACCCCGACGACAGCUCCAUGUGUUUCGCAGAGCUCUCCCGCCUCGUGGACUUCCUGCCGAGCCCUCCGGAGGCCAGCGAGGACGACGAAGAUGAGGAAGAGGAGUUAAGGAGGAGGAAGAGAAAGUCGGCACGAAGAGUGGGGGAGAGAGGGAGCGCAAGCACUGAGGCCAGUUUUACAGAGCCAACGUCCCCGUCCUCCAACAUUGAGUUUGUGUUUAACUUCGACCAAAGCGACUCUCGCUGCUACUACAAACUCUGCUCCAACAUCACCCCCGACAGCGCCCGCAGCCUCCCCCACCCUCUGCAUCAUCAGGAGGAAGAACACUGGGGGGAAGGAGAGGAAGAGUCUGUUAAGGCAGUGGACCUGGAGCCAAUCCCCAUCCUUCAGCCACCACCUGGCUUCGGAGACAGCAGCUCUGAUGAGGAGUUCUUUGACGCCAUCGACCGCUUCACCUCGCCUGAAGAUUCCACCUCGGGGGCCAUGCCAAGAGAUAUUCGCACAGAGAUGAAACUGGACCUCCUCAGCACCCUCAGCCUCAGUGACAUCAGAGUCUCGGUGACAGAUGCAGGGGAAGAAGACAGAAAUGUAGGAGUCGAGGAAGGAGGAGGCAAAGAAACGUUGUUUCAGCUCAGAAAAAGAUCCCGUAAGCGUCGUUCGUUCAUAGAAACCGAUUUCACUUCUAGGGUGUCAUAUCCAGAGCCAGAUCCAGAAUUGAAGGACAUUCUCUCUACUAGGCUUCAUGAGAACCUCAUGGAAGAAGAAAAUGAUGCACACACUCUGAGUUCAGAUCCUGAACCUUCAGAGCAGACCCAGAAUCCCAGUCCGACAGUCUCCUCUUUGACCCACUCUGAAGGGGAACCAGCCCAGCUUGAGUCAAAGCCCAUCCUGUCUAAAUCCCAGUCACAUGGACCUGAGUCUCCUUGUAGUUUAGGGUCUCCUGAGCAGACCAGAGAUCCACUGGCCACCUCCAGGACGAGGAAACAGGAAAUGGAGAUGGAACCUGACUCAAUGGAAUCCAAAUCAGUCACUGAUCUGGCGAAGGCAUCGUCUCCUACCAUCACAGUUUUCCGCUGCCGGGUGGACCCAGAUGGAAAGGAAAGUGCUGAUCGGAGGGGUGAUGGAAAGGCGGAAGGGCGGGAACGGGAGGACAUGGGUGAGGGGAAAGAGGAGGGCGACGAGGCAGUAGGUGUGUCAGGGAUAGGGAGAUUCACUGGUCAUAUGUUUUUGCCAGAAAGCACUGAGGAGGAAAGUAAAGGGAAGGAAGAGAAGAAAGACGGGCUGACAGGGAAUUUAUCCAAUUCAAAGAGACCAAUCAUUGGUGCAGAGAGGCAGCCAGAGGCCAACACACUGCCUUCAUGUUUGAUGGAUCUGACUAAAAAGAGGAGUAAUGGCAUUUUGGGACCCCAUCUCAUUGCCCGAGAGGAAAACUUGUAUGGAGAGGGACAAUUGCUUGAAGGUGUGUAUGAAAAGUCAAACCUUCUAUCAUACUCACCACAACCCCCUCCACCCUCAUCACCUCUUACUCCAAUACCAGUUCCUCACAUAUCCCAAAGUGACUGUUAUUUGAGGGGAGAAGUCAGUGGAGAAAAUUUGGGAACCUUGACCAAAAUGUCUUCAUCUUUUCCUGAAGAGAUCCCAGAAAGACACAGUGACAAAGCACAAUUAUAUUUAGACCUUCAUGCCAGUAUUAUUGAGGAUGAUGCCAAUGGUGUUGUUAGCUCUGCUAGGACUAUUAGCGAUGAAGUUACAGACAGCACCAAUUCGGACAAUGUUUUCUUUGAUGACUACAUGAAUAAUUCCUUAACUUCUAGUUCAAGUGACAAGAAGGAUGAGUGGGCUGUAGCUGGUAAGCAUAGCAUCAGCUCAACUUUGGCAACAAGAAGUGACGAGGAUUCUCAAAUGGGUAAGAAUUCACCAACCAGUGAAGCUCCUACGAUGAUUAGUUCAGCACAUUCUGACUAUACGCGAGCUAUAAACUCUAUCACCGCAAAGCUUGGAGUUGCAACAAGUGCAACAUCUCCUACAUUUAUUUCAGGGCCCAGAUUGCGACGUGACAUUUCAGAUGUGAUUGCAUCGAGUUUUAAUCAAAAUAUAGACAAACCCAUAAGUGAUUCCACUAUGCAAAGUGCUCCAGUGGAAAAUAGCUUGGCGAGCCCUAGCUUAGCGAAAGCUAAUACUGUCAUAUUACACAAUCUUUCCAAGAUGCCUCCUUCUCCAAAUCACUUCCUCUUCCAGACCUGUUCCCCUGGCAUUAUGGGUAGCUUAUCUUCAUCCACACUCAGGGGCAAGAUUCAAAAUUUACCCCUUUAUUUAUCACGCUCACAGGAAACCCUCAACCAAGCUGAGAUGGGUAUCGUAAGUCACAGUUCAGCUGAGGACAACAGUAAGGACAAAAUCGAGAUCACCAUCAAAGUUACAGACGUUGAUGACGUCACACAGACUAUAGGCUUUGAAGAGGGACCAGCUGAAGAACCUGCAGAGUCAGAUGAUUCGGAUACAACAGUUACAGGAUCUGAGGUGGAUGGGGAGUUUGUUGAAAUAAACUCAGCAAUGAGUUUUCAAUCAUUGUCAGAGGUAAAGGAAUUAGGCUCGGCAUUGCCCGUCCAGGUAGAGCCCAAACAACACCGGCAUUUGCCUUUGAACGCCGGACCUAUCAAGGACACACCAGGACCAAUAACAGAGCCUCCAGUCACCACAGGGAACAGCCUCCAAAGAGACCACAUGGGUCUGAAGAUGGACACACCUGGCCCCAUAAAAGAAGCUCCAGAAUCAAAGAUGACGCUUACGAGUUCAGGUGAAGACAUUCCAGGUCAUAAAAUGACCACCCAAUCACGUCCUUUUGCACAUCCAAUAGUGGUGACCACACAGAAUCUGAAUGGACCAGGACCCCCUUUUCAGGCACAGAAAGUAAGACGGACCAGUAGCGACAGACCUUUGAUAGCUCUUUGUAGGCCUACAGAGCGAAAUGUAAUCUCCCCAAAAGCACUUUCUUCAGGCUGCAGGGUGUUUACCAUCUGUGAUGAUUCAUCCCAGACAAAGAGCCCAGCCAUGGCGGCUACUACCCCACCCUUGAAGCCUGAUUUUAGCUGCACUUCCGUGCUAGCGUCUGGAUGUGAGUCCCUAGUGGAGGAGGUGCAGGUGCCUCUGGAGGCUUGUGGUUGUCCGACGGUCUAUACCAACUGCUUCGGCAGCGGGGACAGCUUUGACGAGGAGCUGACCGUCUACGAGUUCUCAUGCCGCACACAGAGCAGCGGUGUCGCUCAGACCUCUGCAGCGGUUCUUCCUCCCGUAAACUCUCCGCCCAUUUCCUCUUUCCUCUCCACCUCCUCCCUCUCUCCCUCCUUUCCACGCUCCAACCUUUUCUCCUCCUCUGCCUCAGAGCUCAGCCCUCUACUCUCGCCGUUAUCUGACUCGUCCGACCAUUUCCUGCCCCAAACGCACAAGGACAAAAUCGGUCGGCUCGGCCAGCAGCGCUACCCAGAACCCCCGAAAGGUUUCCAGGUACUCCGCAUAGAUGUAGACCAGCUCCUUUGCAUUCUGGAGAGCACCGGUGUGGACAGAUCCGUAGCAGGCCCCGCAUGUCGCCACCCAAGGGACUCCUGCCCUGCCCACUUUACGGAGAACAAGAGGGUGCUCCAGCAGGAGGCACGGCGGUUGAUGUCGGGCUGCCAGAAGGUGGUGGGGAUUGGCCAGAGCCCCGAGGAAAUGCUCCAUUCCCUGGCGGACAGCUUCCGGACCCUGGUGGAGUUGGCGGGUAUAUGCCUCUGGUUCUCUGGUUGCGAAAGGUGCGACCGAAGGAACGCCGAGGCCGUGGCCGGUCUGGCAGAUGUGGCCCGUUCAUUCAGGGACUUCUGCCUGGCAGCGGAGCGGGCCAGCAGCAAGCGCAGCUGCCAGGACCUGAGCUCCAAGCUGCUAGCGAAGCAGUGCACCGCGCUCACCGCCUCAGUCUUCUGCCUCACCCAGCUGUUCCGCACCCUCACUGCGCUGUGAGCCAGCAGCAAUCGCUGAAGUCUUAUGAGAGGACCGCGGGCAGCCCGUGGUGUGUAAACUCUGCUUCACAGGUUCACUAGUGAGCCAGACGCGGGCGGGGCGUGACUCAGGACGGCCAUGUACGGGACGGUGUGAGGGGGAGGUUACCUCAGAAACACAGUGAUGUCACUGAGAAGCGGUGUCAACGCCAUGGAGCCUGUUGGAGAUCAAGGUGCAUGUGGUUACUGACUAUAUGCUGUGCACGCACCACCGAGUGGUGCUGCUUGUUUCCCAGUAGUGAGAAACUGAUGUACUUGAAUGUAUUAUAGGUUAUUGUUUAUUUAUUCAUUUAUUUAUUGAAUUAUAGGUUACUGUGGUUACAGUGAGCAAAUAUGGAAUGUAAAGACAAGAAAGAACGAAAUGUGGAAAUGUUUACAGGCAUCUCUUUAGAUGGAGCAGUGGGCCUUUUACACAUACACAAGCACACAACCUCAAACACACAGAGAAUCUGUAUUUGAUUCUGAUCAUACACAUGCCUUUUGUGUGACUGAUUGACCCUUCAGUUUACUGAUGCUCAUAUAUAUCUUUACAUUCUCCAGGAGGCAAGUGAGUGAAUGUUACUGUUUACAAGUCCAAAAAUCUAGAGUGAAUAGUGAUUUGCUCAAAUCCCACAAAUCAAGCCUAAAACUGUAUUUGCCAUUUUAUAAAUGAAUAGAAGAAUGCUGAUGUAUGUGCAUUACGUAACUGGAUGAGAUGCAGUCCUUUGCACAUUUAAUUUGUUUUCAUUUUGUUCACAGGCUCAGUGUGGUUUAUUGAAAUGUAAUACAUUUUCUAUCUUUUAAUUCAUUUAUUUGUCAACACUCUUUCUCUACACCCUGUGGAAACACUGAACCCUCCUGUGCAUGGUGUUGUGGCUGUCAACCUCCAGUCAUUUCCAUACAGGUCAUCUUUAGUACCAACAUGUCCAUCAAGAACAGGGAUAUCCAGAAUUCGAUCGGAGACUUGGUCACACUUUCCGAUAGAUAUAUAAGGUACAUUCUUUAUGGGAAUUUUAUGUUAAGCAAUUUACAGUUAUUGGUAACAGUCAGGAACGACUUAGUUACGACUCUAUCCCUUACACGAAGUGCAUUAUAUUACAGAUUUCCCAGUAUGUCCACAAAUAGGGGUAAAACAGUGACUGACCAUGAGCGAGAGCCCAAGCAUUUGCAGCAUUACAGAGUGCAGCACAUGCUGUCUGCAUGGGCUUUUCCUUCUACUAAACAACACAUUGAGUGAGAGGGUCUCAGAGGACAUCUAUAAAACUGACCUAAUCAUUGGUUGAUAUGAGUUUGUUGAUCUCCACGCAUUUGCCACAGAAUCAUGUAUGACACUGACUUACGUGAUGCUUUUUAUUGUGGAUAAGCUGACAUAAUACAGCAUUUUCACUUGGAAUGUUUCUUUAAGUACAAAGGACUGAUGCACACUGGACCUGCAUGUUCACUGGAGAAAUUAAAGUCAUCAGAGAGAAUUUCACCACAUCAGUGUUGGGAACACAGUCUGUUGCAAACAGUGUUUCUAUAUACAGUAUAUAUUUAUAAUAGCAAUUGAAACUUAACGUGUCCUGUUUUGUUUCCCUGGGUUUGCAAAAUAAUCUUUUUCUCUAUUGUAUUCCCUAUUUUCAGCAGUGAAGAAUUGCAUUACUUUUACUAUGAUCUCCAUGAGAAAAUUGCCCUAAACAACUGAUGGAAAACUUUUAAAAUAAUCUGUGCUCACAAAGCAUGCUUUAAUAAGCCAUAAAAUGCAUUGUUGUUUCAUCAGGGAUUUUAUCUGUGAAUGACUGAAUGAUGCCGUCUGCUCUUGCUUUGUAAUGCUCAACUACCACCAUUAAAAACAAUGUUAAGAUUU